GUCUUGUGAAUUAAGAUGUUUCAUGUUCAGUUCCUAUGAGCAUCACACCUACUGGUUUUGCAGCUUCGAACCUGACUCCAAAAAUUUGUCAUUAUGAUUCCAACCACAGGAAAUUACAAUAAUCACCAGUCUGACCUUGGAGCUGUUUGAUACGAAUGAGUGGAAGACGCCCGACACCUUUAACCCAGGACAUUUUCUGAUCAAGGAGGGCAAGUUUGGGAAGCCAGCUGCUUUCAUCCCGUUCUCUGCUGGAGUCCUGAUCCUGUCCCAGCAUACUGGGACACAGUGUUCCUCACAUAAUGGUUGCAUAUUGGCACAGAGGAAAUUCUCAUGUUCAAGAAAAGAACAACAAGGUUUGAGUCCAGGAAUGAUGAUGAGGACCUGACGUUCCCUACCUAGUCUUUAGAGAUGUGGGGAAAUGAGAACACAAAGGGAGAAUAAGUAUCUGGCUGCCUGUUUUUCUAAUAUCAGAUGAGAUUAAACUUUGACUUAGUCACACCAUACAACAGAAAAAUUAUAUCAAAGUUCAGUUCAACCAGUAGGCUUUUGCUGUGCUGCCAACAGCCAAUAAGAUCAAGCCUCUCCCUCACAAAAGAAAGGUAAGUGUUAUCAUUGGCUGGUGUUGGGAACAUAAAACAGUGUUUUAUCUUGCAAAAUCUGAAAACAUAGGCUGUAGCUACACAGGUUUGAGCUAGUUUGCAGAAUGGAUUCAAUCUUCUCUGUAUUUGGAUAUUUUGUUAACUGGGAUGUCAGAAGUCUGCUGCUCUUCACUGUAGUUUUCAUCCUCACUGCUGAUUAUCUUAAGAACCGUCGGCCAAACACCUACCCUCCUGGACCCAGUGCAAUUCCUAUUGUGGGCAACAUAUUCAGUCUGGAUCACAACAGGCUCCAUGAGAGUUUGACACAGUUAGCAGGAAGAUAUGGAGACGUGUACAGCAUGCGAUGGGGUCAGACAUGGAUGGUGGUGUUAAACCGGUUUGAGGUUCUCAAAGAAGCUCUGGUAACUCAGGGAGACAGCCUGGUGGACCGUCCAUACCAAGCUCUGGUUGACGAGGUAACUCAUGGACAAGGUGUCAUUAUGAGUAAUGGGAACAUAUGGAAGCAGCAGAGGCGUUUUGCACUUUCAACACUCAAAUAUUUUGGAUUUGGCAAGAAGUCUCUUGAACCCACCAUCCUGGAAGAAUUUACAUAUUGUGCAAAAGUCUUAAAUAGCUAUGAAGGUAAGCAGCUGAAUCCACACUUCACCAUCAACAAUGCUGUCUCGAAUAUUAUCUGCUCCCUGGUUUUUGGACAUCGCUUUGAUUACGGUGAUAAGACGUUCCUGAAACUGAUUAAGUGUAUUGGAGAAGCACUCGAAAUUGAGGCAUCCAUUUGGGCACAGCUUUAUAACGCAUUCCCUCUGCUGAUGAGACGUCUGCCAGGGCCACAUCAGACAGUCCGGCGCAUCUGGAGAGAUGCAAAGGACUUCGUACGAGCAGAGAUUAAGGAGCACAAACAGAACUGGGAUCCCUCAGACCAGAGAGACUACAUCGACUGCUACCUGAAAGAGAUCCAGAUGAGUAAGGGGCAAGCUGACAACACUUUUGAUGAGGAAAACCUGAUUAUAUGUGCCUUGGAUCUGUUUGUGGCUGGCUCUGAGACCACAUCCACCACCCUGCGCUGGGCUUUCCUCUACAUGGCAAAGUACCCCGAGAUCCAGGAAAAGGUCCAGGCUGAGAUAGACAGAGUGAUUGGACAGUCCAGACAGCCGUCCAUGAAAGACCGUGCAAACCUGCCCUACACUGAUGCUGUUAUACAUGAGAUCCAGAGGAUGGGCAACAUAGGUCCCCUAGGCCUGCCUCAUAUUACCAACAGGGACAUCCAGCUGAGAGGCUACACUAUCCCAAAGGGAGUUACAAUAAUCACCAAUCUGUCCUCGGCGCUGUUUGACAAGAAUGAGUGGGAGACACCGGACACCUUUAACCCAGGACACUUUCUGAACAAGGAGGGCAAGUUUGUGAAGCCAGCUGCUUUCAUCCCGUUCUCUGCAGGUAAGCGAUUGUGUCUCGGGGAGAACCUGGCCAAGAUGGAGCUUUUCCUCUUCUUCACCUCCUUCAUGCAGCACUUCACCUUCUCCAUGCCUGCUGGAGUGAAGCCUGAGAUGGACUACCGCUUUGGCGUCACUCUGGCACCAUGUCAAUAUGAAAUAUGUGCAACCUCACGCUAAGAGUAUCUCUAGUAUAAAGAAUACUAAAGCAAAAUGUUUUUUGUGCUAUGUUUUUUUCUGGCUCCAUAACUUGUCAUUAUGGUCACUAUAUGACAGGGUUUAGUUACAAUAGGGUAAACACAGUAGCUCUCUGUGGGUUUGAAAGUGCUUUUCUGAAGUGCCGUAAAAGGGUAAUAUUUCAUACACAGUCCUCAAAACGGGAGAAACACAUCCAGGAUGUGCCCAUGCCCUGAAAUUCAACUGUCUGAACAAUCAAGGGGGUCCAACACAACAAAGACCUGC